AUGGCAGCAUAUCAUCUUCUCCAGAACAAGGAGCACGACGAAGAAGUCGCGACUCCCUCGAGAAUUGGUACCAGAAAUGUCAGCCGGAAGCUGUGGAAAUGGGUCUCGAGUUUGGCCUGCUUUCUUUGUGGUUGCGUCUUCACGAUUAUGAGCCUCGUCGCCGGCCAAUACGUCUUUUCAAACGAGACAGCACUUGCGGAAGACCUCUCGAUUCUGAUUCCCCCUGGUCUCUUCUCCACAGAAUUUACGCUCGACGAGAAGUUCAGGAUGAAACCGUCGCCGGAGAGUGAUGAAGCAUGGCGCAGUAUUCUCCCAAACGGUCUUGGUGUUGUGCAGCAUCCGGUUAUUGGUCCAGAAAUAGUCAAUCUAGCUUUCGUCCACCAGCUUCAUUGUCUUGCUACCAUACGCAAGAACUACUUCGCCGGUCAACAGCGCGCCGCGACAACCGAGACGGACAAGCACAUGGUGCACUGUCUGGACUACAUCCGCCAGGCACUCCAAUGCCACGUCGACACGAAUCUGGAAUUUCGAGUGGCGUUGGGGACACGGGACGCGGCGUUUACAGGAUACGGCGAGCACAAGUGUCGAGACUUUGAUAGAGUGUUUCGUUUCGCGGAGAAAUGGAGGGUCUAUGAUGGCAAGAAUGCCAGCGAGUGGAUCAAGAUCUCGGACGAAGAGACAAUCCCCGGUCGAGUUAUCAACUACGACUAUGUCUCAUCUCGAGGAGAUCCAGAACCUAAAUAG